CCGCCCACUCCCCCCCCCCUGCCUAUAUGCCCUCGCUCGUGCUCCCCACCCGCAGAAGGCGGUGAGAUGGCAUUGCAGUUUGAAGCCUUCUGUGCAGGGGGCCUGGCCCCGGGCUGGAGCCUGCUGGUCCAGGGACACUCUGACUCUGGAGAGGACAAGUUUGAGAUCAACUUCCUGUCUGAGGCGGGGGACAUUGCCUUCCACGUCAAGCCCCGCUUCUCCAGCGCCACCAUGGUGGGCAACACCUUCCAGGGUGGCCGCUGGGGCCAGGAGGAGGUGUCCGGCGUCUUCCCGCUGGUGCUGGGGGAGCCCUUUGAGAUGGAGGUGAGCUCAGAUGCGGAGCACUUCCACGUCCACGCCCAGGACCACAAGGUGCUACAGUUCGCACACCGCCACCGGCCGCUGGCGGGCAUCACCCGGGUACAGGUGCUGAGUGACCACCGCCUGGCCCAGGUGGAGCUGGCCAGGAGGGACCUGAGUUGGUGGGAUGGGGGCCACUGAGCUGCGCCUGAAGUCCCCGGAGGGAGCCUAAGCCAUCAGCUGUCUCCUGUCCCUGGAGCCCACCCUGGGGGAGGAGGGGGGGCUGGUGGUCUGUGCUUCUGGGCCCCUCCCCACGCCACCUCCACCUUCAAUAAAGUUUGAGCAGGCUGCA